CAGCGUGGUUCUUUUUCACCAAAACUUUCGUUUCCUCAAUUUUUUUCCAAACUCUUUUUGUUUCAUUUCUGCUCUCAAUUUCAUUUCUCAUUCUCGUUCAAACCCAUUCAAUCUCUCAUCUAAGAAAAACUUAAAACGAAUUUUUCCAAAACCUCCUUCACUUUUCCCGUCGUGUUCGCAUCUCCACCACCUCCACGGUCAAAAGUUGUUCUCCUUCCCGGACUUGACAACGAUGUCGUUAUCUACUACACAAGCCUCCGCAUCGUCAUCUGUUCUUCGACGACUUUCGCGCCAUCCGCGCAAUCCUCAGAUGUUUUCGCGUUGCCGUUGACGAACGUGAUGUCUCAAUCGACGACGAGCUCAACGGGAUCCUCUAUUCCUAAAUUGGUAUGGCUUAUUCUUAUUCUAAUUGUGAACAUAGUUACUCCGUGUCAGCUGCGAUCUCAUCCUUGGUCGCACAUGAAUUUUGAUCUUUUCCGGUUUGUUUCAGAUUUCUCUUUUCUAAUACUAGAAAAAAGACGUUUGGUUAAAGGAUUUCACUACUGUUUUUGGUAUAACUGAAGUGAAAUACAAUUGGGCAAGAGAUUUCACUACUGUUUUAAAGAUUUCACUUCCGUUUUUUUUUCUUCCACUGAAGUGAAAUCCUUACCUUGAAUAUUAGUAGAAAGGUUUUGUUUUGUUUGUCUCACACACAGAUACGCAUUUGAAGAAAACAUAACCUAACUCUAAAAAACCCAAAAUUCUUCGAUUCAUUCUUCCUCAAAACACAAUAUUGAGAUCUACGGCAUAGAUGAAACACCAGCAACUGAAGGUUAGAUCUGUUGAUAAGGUUCAUUGAUAUCAAUGUACGAAACCGAGAGAUGAAGGGUUGAAACCCUAACUCGUUCUUCUCUGUUCUUGUUGAAAUUUUGUUGAAACCCUAACUCUUCCUCUAUUUCGGGGUUCGAUCCUCCAUCUGCAGCCAAAGCGUUCACUCUCAGAUUUUUGAGAAAUAUGUUAAGAAUUGGAUUGCAAUUGCUGCACCAUUCUAAGGUAAGUAAUUCUAUUCUAUAUAUUUAAUCAGAAUUAUAACUUCAAUGCAAUUUGUAAAGUUAGGACUGUUGAAAAUUUGCUUUCCUUGUUUAAUCAUCCGUGUUUACAGCCUAAUUGCCAUUGGUUUCUAAUGUUUUGUCAAAGAACGAUGAUUUGAAAAGAGGGGUUUGGGCUGAUUUAGGGACUGUAAGUGGUGCUCUUGCUAUAGGUAUUGGUAGGAUUUUUAUGAAAUGGUGGAAAGGUUAUUGCAUCGGAUUUAAGCCCCGUGGCUAUGGUGGAAAGGUUAUGUUUCCUUUGCUGCCCCAUUUUCUUGUCCGAGAAUUUUACCAAAGUUGAUUUUUUUGCUAAGGUUGCUUACUAGCUUAUGGAACAUGAUGUUAAAGUCAUGAUGGCUACUUGUGAUACAUUUUGAUCAGGAGCUGUUGAGCAUUUGCGGACACAUGCACAUAGACUUGAAGUAUCCCUGUAAUAUUUGAGAAGGGUUAUGAAAAAGAUCCCGCUGUUGUGGCAAAAGAAGCAAUUCAGGAAGCUUCACGGAAUGGUUCAGAUGUGGUUCUAGUUGAUACAGCUGGUCGUAUGCAGGCUAUCGUGGAUAUCGCCGAAGAAGUUGGAGCUGACGCUGUCUCCUACAGUUGUACAGGGAAAAGAAAUUAUCAGGUUCGGUUUGAGCUAUCUUUUUUCGCUUUGAAUCCCAAGUUAAAUGUUGUGGCUCCAUGGAGGGAGUGGGAUAUUACAGGGAGAGAAGAUGCUAUUGAGUAUGCUAAUAAUAAGCAUAAUGUACUUGUUCCUGUUACCAAAAAAUCCAUAUAUAGUAAGAACCAGAAUCUUUGUCACAUAACCCGUGAGGGUAUGUACAUGUUGACUGCAGACCUUGAGGAUGCUCCAAAUCAACCAGACUUGAAUGCUCAACUUGUUCGUCGCAGACUAAGACAUAUUGCGAUGAGAAGACGACUCGGGUUCGUGUACGCUGGAAAGGGACUGCGGUGGUGUCUUUAAAUCACCAGUUGUUGCUUGCUGUUGUAGGAGUACUGCUAUGCCUUUUAUUGAUUUAGCAGGUCUCUCUUUAGAGGUUUUGCAUCAUUAUGGAUAUAUACACUGCUUGUGGAGGUUUUGUUUGUUUGAAGAAUAUGAUGUAUAUGGUACAAAGUGAAAAGAAUGUAAUGAAAGAUGUCUCUCUUGUCAGUUGAAGCUCUGUUUAGAGUGUCUUGAUUAUCAUGGAUAUAUAUACCGACUAAUGCCAGCCCCUUCAUGUAAUAGUACAGCAGCAAAAAAAACAUUUUUUUUU